AUGGAAGAAUCCACAAGUCACCACAACAAUCAACAAUUGUCGAUCCAGUCGAACGCUUAUUUUGAGGAAUGGCGACCCUUGAUUGGCGACAUAGCACACCAACUGGACCAGAGAAUCCGCUACCACGUCAUUUCCGGUCUUCCCGAUGAACUGACCGAAAUACAGGAUGUCGUCGCCAUCUUGCACCUCCUCUAUCUCGAUAACGACUCAGCGUGUCGACGUUUUGGCGAACGCUGUGUCCGAAUCAUCUUCAUCCGGCUCAUGGAAAUUCUUUUCCUGCUCCGAGAGUGCGGCUACUCUGCUAGUAUCCACGGGCCAUUUUCGCAGCAAAUGCUCGCGAAAUAUGGCCGACCCAACAGUAGCAAAUACUUCAUGGUUGCCCGGGUUUGUGCUCGACACGAUCCUGACCACUUGAAGUUCCUUCUCACCGAUCUUACUGCCAAUGACGACGGAGGCUGGGAACAGAAGAACGUGAUUAUUCUCUCGAAUAGCUUGGAUGCGUUUAUCCAGUGGAGUCGUCAACCGUCGGCCACCGAAAAAGAAAAGCUCUUCGGAGAAUUAAGCCACCAGCUAGACCGACGGAUCUUGAAGGUUGUUACCGAGGAUGACAGCGAAGUUUUAAUGAUGGAUUCCGUACAAGACUUUUUAGAUCGGUUACUGAUGGACUGUCAAGCGCGCAUAAGCGCCGGACCCGGAAAAGAUGUGGGCAAAGAACGGGCAAUUCGAAUGCUUAAGCGUUUUCUACGAGUUUUUCUCUUUUUGCGGCCGCACGGUUAUGUCUUUGAGCGGCACGCCCCAUUUUCAAGACGGAUCAUGGGACUUUUUAGUCGUCCAAGCGACCGGAAUUAUCGGGCGAUGCUCAACUGGUGUGCCGAAGAGGACAUCGAUAUUCUACGCGAUUUACUGUCUGAUCUGGCCACGAAUGAAAUCGAAAGGCGGGACAUUCUUGUCCUUUUUGACUGUCUGGAGGCUUUCUCGAAAUUUUACAACUGUCUCAUGUUUAGCUACGAUUGA